GUGGGGAAGGAGGGGAGACGGUGGUCUGCGGAGGCGCAGACGGUACUGCGACAGAGGGCUGAGUACACUCUGUCGGAUCCUGCGAGACCUCAACUCCAGUAGCGAGAGGGGCAAACCGCGACGGGGAUGCCGGGAAGCCGACUACUGAGGAGGGCGCAGGUGAACAUUGCACUGUGGCUAGGAGGCGCCGGGGGGGGACUGAGCACGACGCUGGCGGGAAAGGUCAGCGUAGUGGCGGUCAAGGGCGGUGGUGUAAGGGCACCGCGAGGAGGUAUGACCGUCCGGACGGCAUCGCAAACAUCCACGUCGACCCAAAAUAGUCGCGCGUUCCUCACCGGAAAGGACACCGCGAGGAGGGACAAAGCCCUGAGGGAGGUCCUGCUGAGGGACCUCGGGGGGCGACGCGCCAGCGUGACCAGGGCGACUGGGUGCCCGGGAAAGGGUGGAGAGGAUGAGCUGGAGGCGCUCAACCAUAGGGAGAGUAGGGUCCUCCAGGUGGUGCUGGACGGCCUCGCCAAGGUCGAGGUCGUCGAUAUGGUCACCCUCUGGCGACAGCGGGGCACCAACGUCCUGCUCACCAUACUCGAGCGUGCUGAAGCGGCGCGAGAAGUGGCGGCCCUGCUGCGCGGAACGGCGGGAAAGGGUGGAGAGGAUGAGCUGGAGGCGCUCAGCCAUAGGGAGAGUAUGGUCCUCCAGGUGGUGCUGGACGGCCUCGCCAAGGUCGAGGUCGUCGCUAUGGUCACCCUCUGGCGAUAGCGGGGCACCAGCGUUCUGCUCACCAUACUCGAG